AUGCAGAAACAGGAAAGAAAGAAACAUGCAGUAGUCCAUCGUUCCAGUGCUGUGUUUUGCUUCAUCCUCCAACACGCGAGACGUGUGGGUGCUGUGGCUCACGUCAUCCUCAACCACCACCACGCAGUGAGCAGCCAAACAUCACCGUACUCUCCUCGCCAUGGUGCCGACGUUACCGACCACCCCGCGCCAAGCCGAGAGUACCAGGAGAUCGGCCUCGUCGUCCUCUCCAUCUUCAUGCAAGGAAUCGGCCUGGAACCAUUCCAAUCGACGGCAAGCUCGCCGUUUCCAUCUCCAACUCCGGCGGAAAACUUGACGGCUACGUCGCUGUUGGACCUCCUCUGGCCUCCCCGUCCAUGCCAUGAGCACCAGAAAGAGUCGUCGCCGGCGCUGUCCCGGUUGUCCUCCGGUCGAAGCGCCUCAACUCCCUGGUUCCCCGCGCCGAGGCGCACGUCCGCCGCCAUCUCCUCCGUGCCGGUUCGCCCGGAAGCGCUAGAUCCUUCCUCGACUGAGUCUCCACCAUGGCCACAGAGUUCCGCCUCUGUUUCUUUUAGCUGGUCGCGAUCCUGCCUUGAGUUGGGUCAAAAGAAACGCGGCCUCUUCUUAAAACAUGAACCUGUCCUAGCCCAGGUUGGGUGCACGUUGCAUCUGCUGCUGAACCACCCCAGAUCCGUCGAUGCAGCCCAUCGUCUGCGCCACCCGUCGCUGCUCCAGGCCAGGUCCGGCCCAGUUCUAUUAACCAUCUCUGUUAAUCUUUUCAUAUUUGCAAAAUCUUUUAUAUCAUCUCUUGGAAUUUGUAAACUCAAACAAUACAAAUAAAAUAUCUAUUUUAAUCAGAAAAACAUGAGGAAUAAUAAUAUGUCAUCCAUAUGAUUGUUGCAUCUCGCAUCAUAUCGUGUCGUGAUAG